CGUAGCGCGCUAAACACGUCUUGAGCUCAACCGCAGACCGUUCUCGCUCACCGCCGCUAACUGUUAAUUGUGAGAGUAAAAUUACAAAAGUUCAACUGUCAAAGAGUUGUUCUUAAGAGUUGUGCAAACAGUUUGAAUCUUUCGCUUGUGUGUGUGAAUUCUCGUGUGUGUGUGUCGCAUGUCUUUAAACGCGGAUCGCCCAUACAAAAUGAAGCUGCGUGAAAUGGAAAAUGCUCUCAAAUACAGGCGCAUACCCUAUCCCAAGCGUUCUGUGGAGCUGAUUGCCCUACUGGCCAUCUCUUGCACCUUCUUUCUGUUCAUGCACACAAACAAGCUGAACAGUCGCCUCAAAGAAAUGGAGGUGAAGCUGCAGCCGUCCGAGUUCUCGGCCCUUGGACUAACUGGCAAUCACAUCAGCGGACACGAUGCGGGCAAACAUGAUGAUAUCAACACACUGCAUGGCACUUAUCAAUAUCUGAAGAGUACAGGGCAGCUGGGCGGCAUGACCACGCUGCAUUUGAACAAUACGCGUCGAGCUCAAAUCCAAGUCGCCUUCUUCAAUCGUCCCACACGCGUGGGCACGGAGCAGUUGAUACCCUUGCUGCGUCUACUGUCGGCAUACAAUGACGUGAACCUGGUGCUCAAUGGACCUGUGACUAGCGUAAGUCGCGUGCGAACAACUAAGGAGCAGCAGCUGGAGGCGCGCUGGGUGAGCAAACUGGACCAGGACACGCUCUAUAUUGCGCAUGGCAACUGGCUGAACUUUACAGAAUUUAAGCGACACAAGCCCAUCUAUAUAUCGCUGGUGCGUGAUCCCGUGGAGCGCAUUAUACAUCAAUAUUAUCAACAACGCACGCUGGGAAAGCUCUCCAUUAGACGCCGCAUCUAUGCGGGACACUCUCAGCAAAGCAACGCUUGGUAUAAGCAGAGCUUUAAUCAAUGUGUGCGCAGUGGCAGCGCCGAGUGUCAAUAUAUUCAAUACAGCAUGGAGGAUGCCGUCGAGGACUUUAAGCGGCAGUCGCUCUUCUUCUGCGGCAAUCAACAGGAUUGCCUUCCCUUCAAUACGCCGCAGGCGGUGCAACUGGCCAAACGUAAUGUAGAAAAGGAAUACGCCGUGGUGGGCACUUGGGAGCAACCAAAUAUUACGCUAACCGUGAUGGAAAAGUAUGUGCCGCGCUACUUUAACCACGCACGUUAUUUAUACAACCUGCACAAGACAGCGAAGCAGCGAACAUUUCGCCGCUAUCCCGUGGAUGCCGAUGUUCUGGCUAUGGUCAGACGUAACUUUACGCAUGAAUAUGAUUUUUAUUUUUUCUGCAAGCAAAGGCUUUAUCAGCAAUAUAUGGCCUUACAGCUGGAGAAUAAUCUCCACUGA